GGAUGAAGAGGGGGGGCUUUUCCAAGGGCACUGAGGUAAGGAUGGCUACAGACUUUCCUGUUGCUUUUUCCAGCAACUGAUGAUGACAUCUUCAUCCAUGUAGGAUAAUCUGUCCAGGUGAGAUUAUUAAUCAGCUGCUCUCCUGAAGGGCUCACAUCCUACAGGUCACACCCUCCUCCCUGAGCUGGGAUGGAUGGGGGUGUGGGCACCCCUGGUAGUACGGGGGGCUCUGGAGGAGACAGCCUGCCCAGGCGGACUGACGGGGACUCGAAGCGGCGCAGUAAAGGCAGCCUGCCGUCCCCAGGAUACAGACUGUCCCAGGCGUCCCUGGAGGGAGACAGCGCCUCGUCAGGUGGACGUGGCGGUCGUCGCCUGUCCAUCAUGAGUUCCUCUGCCAGGGACGGCCUCCCCUUCCGCUCGGCGGGCACCCCGACCACGCCGGUGCCCCUGCCUCUGCCCCCGCCGUCCUCCUCCUCCUCGGCCCACCCUCCUCCACGCUCCGUGGGCUUCGCCACGUCCCGCGCCACCCUGGCCUCCACCUCCUCCUCCACCGGGACCGGGGUCAUGGUGGUGGCGACCGGCGCGGAGACCACCACCACGGCCUGCAACACCACCGCGGCGGGGACCCCCGAGACCACGGGUCCGUCCGGGCUGGGCGGGUUCGGCAUGAGCCUGGACGGAGAGGACUACAGCAACUCCAACCAGAGCACCUUCAUCCAGAGGCAGUUUGGAGCCAUGCUUCAGCCGGGGGUCAACAAGUUCAGCCUGCGGAUGUUUGGAUCCCACAAAGCUGUGGCCUUGGAGCAGGAGAGACUGAAAUCAGCCGGAGCCUGGAUCAUACACCCCUACAGUGACUUCAGGUUCUACUGGGACCUGUUGAUGUUGCUGCUGAUGAUGGGCAACUUAAUCGUCCUGCCGGUCGGGAUCACGUUCUUUCGGGAUGAGAACACGCCAUCGUGGAUCAUCUUCAAUGUGGUCUCCGACACACUCUUCAUGGUGGACCUGGUUCUGAACUUUAGAACCGGGAUCGUGAAGGAAGACAGCACAGAGAUCCUGCUCGACCCCAGGGCGAUCCGCCAGAACUACCUGAGGAGCUGGUUCCUUGUGGACUUUGUCUCAUCCAUCCCUGUGGACUACAUCUUCCUGAUGGUGGACAGUCUGGACUCGGAGGUCUACAGGACGGCCCGAGCUCUGCGGAUCGUCCGUUUUACCAAAAUCCUGAGCCUGCUCCGGCUGCUCCGCCUGUCCCGACUCAUCCGCUACAUCCACCAGUGGGAGGAGAUCUUCCAUAUGACCUACGACCUGGCCAGCGCCAUGGUUCGGAUCGUAAACCUGAUCGGCAUGAUGCUCCUGCUGUGCCACUGGGAUGGUUGCCUCCAGUUUCUGGUCCCCAUGCUGCAGGACUUCCCCAUUGAUUGCUGGGUUUCCAAGAACCUGAUGGUGAACGACACAUGGGGUGUGCAGUACUCCUAUGCUCUGUUCAAAGCCAUGAGCCACAUGUUGUGCAUUGGGUACGGCGCCCAGGCUCCUGAGGGGAUGACUGACGUGUGGCUCACCAUGCUCAGCAUGAUCGUCGGCGCCACCUGCUACGCCAUGUUCAUCGGCCACGCCACCGCGCUCAUCCAGUCGCUGGACUCCUCGCGGCGGCAGUAUCAGGAGAAGUACAAACAGGUGGAGCAGUAUAUGUCCUUUCACAAGCUUCCUGCAGACCUGCGACAAAAGAUCCACGAGUAUUACGAGCACCGCUUCCAGGGCAAAAUGUUCGACGAGGAGAACAUUCUGGGAGAGCUUAGUGAGCCACUGAAGGAGGAGAUAGUGAGUUUUAACUGCCGGAGCCUGGUGGCCAACAUGCCACUGUUCGCCAACGCUGAUCCCAACUUUGUGACCGCCGUGCUGACCAAGCUCCGCUUCGAGGUGUUCCAACCAGCGGACUUUAUCAUACGUGAAGGAACUGUUGGACGCAAGAUGUAUUUUAUCCAGCAUGGACGGGUCAGUGUGCUGACCCGUGGCAACAAGGAAACCAAACUGAGUGACGGAUCGUACUUUGGAGAGAUCUGUUUGUUGACUCGUGGACGAAGAACAGCCAGUGUUCGUUCAGAUACGUACUGCCGUCUGUACUCUCUCAGCGUGGACAGCUUUAACGAGGUUCUGGAGGAACACCCGAUGAUGCGACGUGCCUUUGAGACUGUUGCUGUCGAUCGUUUGGACCGUAUUGGCAGGAAGAACUCUAUGCUCCUUCGGAAGUCAUCCCAGGGUGGUUCUCUUGGAGGUAGUAUGGGUCGUGGUGGAGGUCGUGGUGGAGGACCUGGAGGUGCAGGUGGCCUUGCGGCAAGCGGUCUUGGAUCCUGUGACAGCAUGCUCGUGCAGCAGAUCGUUAAACACGACAGCAUGCCAGCCAUGCAGGACACCAUCGCUGCUGCUGCUGCAGGAAGAAGUGGCGUGAUUGGAGGGAGCGGCACCGUGUCCCCUCGACCCCGCCCCGUUAUCUGGGCUCCACUGGUCCAUGCUCCGUUGCAGACUGCAGCCGCCACCAGUAAUGUAGCCAUCGCCCUCAUGCACCAGCAGCAGCAACAACAGCAGCAGCUCCAGCAGCUGCAGCAGCAGCAUGCUCUUGCAGGAGGUUUUUUCCUGCCCUCGCCUCUGAUUUCUCCUUCUCCCUCAUCCUCCUUUCCUCUCUCGUCUCCUCGUGCCCCUGUGCUACAACCCCUUCGUCCCUCUGUGAGUUCUCUCAUCGGCAUGAUGACGAUAGGAGGAAUGAGUGGUUUUUCGCCGAGAGGAUUUCCACUUUCCCCCUCAACCUUGGGCCCUCCAGGCGGGAUGACGUCGCCUCCCGUCGCUAAAACUCCACCAACUCCGGCCUCGUCUGUCCAAACGUCUGUUCAACAAGGACGCACUCUUCAUUACGGUCCUCGCUUUCAGGCUGAUCAUGCCUCAAUCCCAGCCGGAGCUGUUGUAAUCCCAGCGACAGGGGGGCCAGCUUCUCCGCUCCACAAGGUCUCAGCCCCCGCCCCGCCUGCUUCUUCCUGUGGCCCAUCAGAUGCCUGUCAACAGGGAGCGAAAGAGGCCCUGUUACGCCACGGAGGAAACAGCUGUCAGGGUCUACCAGCGCUGGGCCGACUCACCCAAGAGGCCAGGCUGAUGUCGGCCUCACAGCCCACUCUGCCUCAUCGCUCCUGGGCUGCCGUGCAGUCUCAUCCUCCUCUCCACCGAAAGGCCUCUGGUGGCAAUUUGUUGGCAGCUCCUUUCUUUGUUGGACAGUUGGCCCGGGGCAGCAGUGCAGGCAUACUGACCUCUAACCCUCCUCUCCAGUUGUUGACGAACAUACCGUUCACUGCACAAAUUCAGCCCACUGUAACACAGGCAAUUCCUGCCAACGUAGCCCAAUACACACAAUCGGUAUCUCACACUGCCUCCGUAGCUGCACACAUACCUUCUACACCUCCUUUGGGGUCAUCCUCUCCUCCAAAACAGGCCUCACUCUCCUCUGCAGGCCUUCCCUCAUCUCCCUCACCUAUACACUCCCAGACACCUUACCCAAAGCCAAUCCCAACAACACCUUCCCGCUCCUCCUCCCCUUCACCCUGCUCCACCCCGCCUUCAGCGGGGGCCAGCCCACUAUCCACUCCUCGUCCCAAACCUAUUCCCUCACCCUCUCAUCGCUCCUCCUCUCCCUCUCCGUCCACCACACCUCCGUCCUCGUCUGUUUCAACCCCAGUCCCUCUGACUCAACCCUACGGGCCAAAGUCCUCUCUCAUGUCCUCCUCUCCUCCAUCCUCUUUGCUCUCGUCUUCUCCACCACAUACCCAGAGCCCCAGGGCCAAGGCGUCAAACACGCCCCCUUCUGCUUCACCGUUGUCCGGCCCCAGCCCUGUCCUGACCCCGGUUGCAUCACCAGCACUGACUCCCACUCAGACAACCCGUACCCGACCUUCCACUCCAACUCAGACGAUCACACCCACAUCGUCUCCGUCCCCCGUCCCAGCCACACAUGGCCCCUCUUUGAGUAAAUCCCAGAGUCCAACGCAUUGUCUCCCGUCCUCUGUCUCGAGCUCAGCCAGAGGUCCCACCUCAAGCCAAACCCCAAAACAAACUUCACCUCUUACUCCAACCCAAAUUUCAACCUCUGCCUCGACACCUGCGAGCACCAACUCUCCAACAAAAAUCACUUUCUCGGUUCACCCCGUGAAGCAAACAUCCCCUGUCCUCACUCACCGCUCCACGUCCAGCUCGAGUAGACCUGUCCAAAAACUCUCAUCGACAACUUCGUCCUCAGUAAAUAUUUGUCCAAACCCUCCUUCUCUUUUUACCAACUCCUCCACUGCCACCGCAACCUCUAGUAGUGGUGCACCUGCCUCCAUUCAGCCCCUAAAACCAUCGACACCCCCUAUCCUUAGUCAGACCUCUCAGGCAUCCAACACUGCACCCACCCAGACAGCACAUUCAGCCAACUCCACCUCCCCGAAAGGUGGGCAACAGGACCCUCAGCUGACACUCACCAGAACAGACUCAGAGGGACUUCGGCACAAAUUGCCUGCAAACAUGUAAGAGGAAGAACGUUUCCCGUGAGUGUGCGUCGAUGACCAGCAGAGCCAUGGAUAUGCAGACACCCGAUGAGCUCACAUAAACAGUACAUAGGUCUUGAUUUUACUCUAGGAUGUGGUUGUCUUAGAAAAUCAGGCGAAAUUCAUCGUGUGACUCUAAUACAAGCCAUCGAUCACUGCGAAAGACUUCGUGGGUCCGUCGGGUGGGCGGUACUCGCUAAAGAGAGUCUGUUGAACAUCCACAUGUAUACAUACGUGUAUCUGUGAUAGUGAUUGUUGGAGCAAGCAGGGGAGCUGAAGUGGAAAUAUGUUGCAAUAUACAGUAUUUAUGGCACACAUAAAACCAGGACCGAAGCAAAGAUUGGGAGUAGAAUCUCUGUAAUCCAGGUCAUUGUUGUUUCUAAGCGCUUGAACAGAAAACGACGGGACUUCGUUUUUUUUUGUCCCUUGAAGAUGCCUCACUUCUGCUUCUUCAGUUCAGAUUAUAGGUUGAGAGGUUUAGAUUUAUUUUAUUAUCUGCUGCCGCCAUGAAAGGUGGUUUGGUUGCAUGUCUGGUAGCAAGAUAUUUACAAACUCCCUGAAUGGAUUUUAAUGAGAUUUUCAGAAAGUAAUGAUUGGCUAUAAAUCUAUAACUAAUUAACUCUUGGGGUGAACCUGACUCAAGAUGGCCACCAUAGGUAAUCUUGGCAAACAAUAAAUGGCAAAAACUCAGCUGAUUUUACAGUUAUUGAACUAAAAUUUGGUGUAAUUGUUGCGAAUGACCACUUGACAUGUAUUCGAAGCAUUAUGAGCUCACAUAUGAUCUUUGGUUAAACUUUGGUGUGUAGGAUGGCCUGCGAUAUGCAUUUCUUGAACGUAUUGUUUCUUUAAAUAGGAAUUGAAUUGAUAAAUUAUACUAUAAUUGUGACAGUCACACUAAAAGGAUGACAGGAUGGGCUAUGGAUCAGGCAAUUUUGUGGCUAUAAACUUUAAACCUCUAAUCUAAUAUCAGGAACUUAAAAAGGAAGUAUUUUAGAAGAAAAGGAAAAUGUCUUCAAGAUACAAGAAAAGAAGUCCUGUUGCCUUUUAUACAAGAAUUUAUGAACAACUGAGUGUUUAAAGUAAAUUAAAACAGCAAUACUUGUGGCACAUUCUACCCGUGGUGGGCAUGGUUCAGCUAACAGCUAAUAGCAUAACAAAUUUUUCGUUUAACAUGUUUCACUAAAUUUGAAAACUGUUAGUGGACCAAUUAGCUUCCGCUAAAUUAGGUUUUGCCAACUUUAAAUUUGCUAACAGUUAACUAAUAAAAUACCAGUGGUGGGCAGCAUUAACCCAAAAAAUUAGCUCCGCAAUAUCUUAAGCGUUUAAGAAAAUAUUUAGA